AUGAAAAUCGCACCGACUUUAGACAGAGUUAUUGCUUUUCUGAAGAUAGAUUUACUAUUCGCUUGUUGUUGGCCUCUACCGCGAACUGCUACAAAGUUUCAAAUUAUUUGUGAUAGAAUAUUUCGGUAUCUAUCCAUGGUGAAUGGUGCAUUUAUGAUUGUUGAGAUAAUAUAUUCAAUUAGUAAUCAUUUAGACAAUGUUUUAUUGCUUAUGCAAUUAGCUUGUGCGUUGGGCAUCUUUUGUGAAGUUCCAUUGCAAAUAUUUUUAUUUACGAAACAGCACGAUCGUUUACAAAAUGUAAUUUGCGAGAUGGAAGAUUAUUACAAGCAAGCUAAUACUGAAGAAAAAGACGUAUUUCAACAAUACAUUAACAAAUAUAUUUUAUUUUAUGGAACUACGUUGACAUUAACUACUGCCAUAACUUUCGCCGGUUGUCUCAUAGUGCCAUUAAUUCGGUCUCGCAGGUUUCCGCUAGAAAUAGAAUAUCCAUUUCGCGUUGAUUAUCAACCAAUAACGGCGAUGCUCUAUUUUCAUCAAGUACUCGGUAUGUAUCAGGUUACUUGUCAAGUGAGCGCAAAUGUUUUCCUCGCUCUUCUAAUAUGGUUCACAACGGCUCGCUUUGAGAUCUUGACAAACAAAUUUCGCACAGUCACCAAGUAUUCUGAUUGGAAAACAUGCAUACAAGAGCAUCAAGUAACUCUAAGAUUUGCAAAAGAAAUGAGUAGUUCUAUCGCACUCGUAGUGUUAUCAUCGCUCGGCGUUAGUACUAUAGCGCUGAUAUUCGGUGGAGUUACAUUCCUAAGCAGUUCUAAUGUUGCUGAGGCAGCCUAUGAUUCAUUAUGGUAUAGUCAAAACAUUGAAUCUCAAAAGAUUAUGUUGCAUACUUUGCUACGAUGCCAACGAGCUGUAGUUAUAUCUGUUCCUGGUUUACUAAAAGCUUUAACAUUUCAACAAUAUACUUCGAAUGUUACUUAUGAAAUGAUAAAUUUUUACGAAAUAAUGAAAUCACAUGAAGAAGUUGUUAUUCAACGAUAUAUUGACAAGUAUAUUGUAUUCUAUGGUCUAUCUACGUUUAUGUUCUAUUUUGUCGCGAUUGGAAUAAUCACAGUGUUACCUGUCGCGAUGAAUCAAAUGUUUCCUACAUUAGUCGAAUAUCCAUUUGAUGUGUCUUAUCAACCAUUAAGAACAGUGAUCUUCAUACAACAAUCUUAUGCCGGGAUAAUAAUGUCAGGGCAACUAUGCAUGAAUGUUUUUAUGGCUCUAUUGCUGUGGUUUGCAUCAGCAAGAUUUGAGAUACUGACUGAAGAGCUGAAGAAAGUUACAAAUCUCCACCUGUUGUUCCAAUGUAUUAAAAAACAUCAAGAAUUGAUCAAGUAUGCUACAGAAGUUACUAUUUGUGCUCGUCAUUUCGUAUUCUCAACUGUAUGUUGUAGUACGAUUACCGAAAUACUUAUCUUCCUUGUGUUCAUUACGCAUCAACCUAUACCAUUGUUAAUCCAAUUUUUGGGAUUAGGUACAAUAUCUUUAAUGGAGGUGUUUAUGUUUGUCUGGCCAGGAGAACACUUAAUAUUAAUGUGCAAAAAUAUCGCAGAGGCAGCGUAUGAUGUAUUCAAAUGCAAUCAAUCAAUUAAAAUGACGAAAUGUCUGCAAAUUAUUAUAAUGAGAUGUCAAAAGCCGAUAAUCGUUUCAAUACCCUGCCUUAUGCCCAUAUUAUCUUUCAAUUACUUUACAACGUAUUGUUCGACCAUACUCUCCUAUUUCACAACACUACGAGUAGUAAUGGAGGACGAUUAUAAUUAA